CACCCCCACCCUCUGCCGGCUCGGCUCGGCAUUCCGCGUACACGACAGUACGGGUUACGGGUAUCAGUCGAGUCGCGGCUCGCGUGUCGGUUGGACCUGUUUCGCUAGCCUUCCGUCAAAAUCACUCGAUUUUUCGAAUAAAAAGCCGGUUUAAAUCAGCAAUGCUUAAAGAGACCGCCAUAUCGUUUUUGAGACAAAAUUUAAAACACAAUCAAAACGAGAAUUAUUAGUAUUGUUAUUUCACUCGUGAUAACCGAAUGAACCGACUAAAAUGUCAUUUCAUGAAUAGGUCAAGUGUCAAGUGUACAAAAUACAGUGAUUUCGUGUUCCAGUGAAGUUAUUUUUUAUCUCAGCAAAACUUGUUAACCAGAGUUUGAGCUACCUAAUUUGUGUUUUUUUACUAAUUUUUAACCAAUAUCCAUCGAGGUUAUUUUUAUAUUCUCUCAUAUACACCCUCCGGUAGUCGACUACAUUUUUUUGAUGUUUAUUGUGAAACGAACGCAAAGUACCCACAGGGGGAAGUGAGUUUUUAUUACGCGACAAAAACACAAACACACACACACACGCUCACACACACAUACACACACGUGCAUAAGCAAAUAGCAAAGUUUUAAAUUCAACCGAGAGUUUGGCGAUCCAGGAAAAACGAACAAACGGACGCCGCAGGGAAAACGUUUCCUUUUUUUGUUCACCUAUACUUUGCGAGUGCUUCGGUACUUGAGUUUCAGCGCAGAUCUACCGUAUACAUAUGUAGAGACAACGAAGAGAGACGAGGUGAGACCAACGAAACAUGGAAAUGUCAGCGAUACUGAUUCUCGAGGUAGUUCGACAUGCCGAGGGAACAAUAGAGGGGCUGCUGCACGAGUGAAUUCUCGAGGACGAGCUUGCGGAAGGGGAGAGAGGCUGUCGCUGAGAAUAGUGCAUACCGAUGACGUAUCGGACAUGAAUUGGUCGUCCAGAUGGUCGCCGUUGCGGGUUCUCAUUUUCAUUUUUCUCAAAUGCGGCACGAUAGGCUCUACGAUGGCGAUGGAGAACAAUUUAUUCUCCAGGCUGAUCGUCGCCGCAUCCCACACGGCUCUGUCGGGCGAUCUCGCCGUUCUCAUUCUCGAAUUACCCGCAUCCCAGGAACGAGGAACCAAGACGUCGACCCACCAACCACCGGCCACGAGCACCAACCCCCCGAAUACAAUUACCACCACGUCGGCCAUUUCCUCGAGCACGAUUACGGAUGACAUUGAUUUCUCAAUGGACGACGAUGACGACAACGAGAAUCUGUCGACCAACGGCGAACACUCUCAACCGGACGCCCUCGUUCUCAGAGUCAUGCAUCUGGAUGGUUUUACAUCAGAAUUCGUGGGUGAAGUGCCAAUUACACGCUCAACCAAUUUCACCGGCAAUAUUUCCCUCACCGUACCGUGCGGCUUUUUUUCACGCGGAGGCGUUUAUUCCCUACAAUUGCAGGAAAAAUCCACCACUACGACCAACAGGUUUACCGAUAUUUCCGAUCUCUCCGGCGUCCAGAUGAGAACGACACUGGACGUCCGAUGGCCAACACCAUCGCUCACUUUGGAGCCUCAGCACUUCAACACUUAUCCGGGUCAGCCUGUACUGGCGACACUCGAGUACACCGGUAUAUCCUGCGCUCCGGUUAAAGGAAUUCCCGUCACGACGUAUUCCCUCCAGCUCAUAUAUUGUGGCUCGAGCGUUUUAUCCUGCGAUCCUCGUAACAAGAGCCACGUACAGAUGCUGUACUCCGAGGAGGUUUUAGGAUUUCCGGAGCAAAGGAUCCUCAGCCUGAGAUGCGAAUUCUUCGGUCUCGCUGGCCACUACGCCCUGAGAUUGAAACCCAGCAGUGCUAACUCCAGUGCACCAACCACCAGCGCUUACAUCAAGGUUGAAUGGUCGGAUCAAUACGUUUUCAACGUGCAUGCCAGAUCGGUGUAUCCUUGCGACGGUGGAUCAGGUGGACUGUCUGUUCUGUUCGAAUAUCCGGCCUGUCGUCUUCAGGGUGAUCGCGUUCGCGUUUACGGACGUUUACGAGCAGACGUUGCCUCUCUCGCGCCACCCUCGACCCUCAACUACGUUGCGGAGCUCAAAGCGCCGCCUGGUAAACACUCGUUGACCUUCGACUGUGACAUAUUCACGGAGAAGUUCGUCGAGUAUUGCUUCGUUUACGUUAGCCAGGCGAUUACGAAUGCCAUGGCCGAGGUCCGCGUCGAUUGCAUUCCAACGUUUCCGAUCAAAGAAAGCGAUGCCGGCGGCUGGGGGCACUGGAGCCAAUGGACUCCUUGCAGCAGCUCCUGCGUCGGUGGAGUAAGGAGUCGCUACAGACUUUGCGAUACACCGCCACCCCGAUACGGCGCCAAGUUUUGUCAGGGAAAAGCUGUGGAGACUGAACCGUGUGGUGGUGCUGGAGAAUUCGAUCUUCACGGCAAUUGGAAGCCUGGUGAUUGGGAAUGUAGCCAUGGAAAAGGUAUAGCCGCUGAGAGGCCGGAAGUGACAGCGGAAAUAGGCACAAAAUGUCGAUGCGGUUGCCUGGUCAAUUUGGGGAACGAAACGUCGCGUAGAAUAGUAGCAGCGAGCACGCAGGCCUGUCCAGGUCGUUCGUUCUGGCUCGUACAGGCGCAACCGGAUUCCGUCGUUCGACUGCAUCUCGAUCAAACGAGAUUUCCCUGUCCCGGCCAAUACGUACGAGCCCGAGACGGCGAUUCUCUGAGUGCUGAAUUAUUGGCCGACAUUUCCUGUGACAAAAGCGCCCCCGAGUCCGGAACGAUCGUCUCCACCGAGUCGAAUCUUUUGCUCGAAUUUUUUAGCGAUGAAAUAACCGCCGCUGGCGAAUCGUGCAUCGGUGGAUUCCUCGCUCACGCAUCAACUCUUCCAAAAUCAAGUCUGGAAAACGGUACAGAUCCUUCGACGAUUCUCAUCAAUCCGGAAGUGGUGGCUGCUGCAGGAAGAUGGGCGAUGUGGUUGUCCCCGGCCCAUUUAGCUGCGGCUUCUCUUCUUCUCCUCAUGUUUCUCGUCUCCGUCGUGCUGGCGCUUCAAUACGCGGUCAAGUAUCGAAAAUAUCAAAUCGCCGAGGAUCUCGACAGCCUGACGGAUAAUUCCGCUUGCAGCGGCUCGAUGCAAGGUUUGGCCAGACGUGCACGAGCGAUGUCUUCGUCGACCCUGAUUUCCGAGGUCGUGUCGUUGGUCAGGUUGCCAAGGCGAGGUUCCCCGAGGCACGCGAGACUCGAGCAAACGCCCAACGAUCUCGAGGACGGUUACGAAAGCACCGAGACUCAAACCGAAGUCGAGGACGAAAAUACCGCGGAUUCGGGAACCCUGAAGCAGAAAGAUCACGACGAGCACGGUUCCCAAAGAACAAUUGUUGGCAGCAGCAACCUCAGCACGCCCUCAAAACGUUCAUCGGGCUCUGCAAGCUCGACCAGUGGGCAUCCCGAAAUUAAAUUCGCCCGUCCAGUAAAGCUACGUACGGUUGGGCCUAUAACACCAGUGUCCGAGGAGGCAUCGAUGUCGGAAGAGAGCAGACGUUUCAGCACCACGAGCGCCUCGAACAGCGUGAAUAAUGUAAGCGUCACACAACCAAACACGUCUAAACUUCUGCAUGCAAAGGGGUUUUCGCCAGCCAGUACAUCGUCCAAUUUGUCGGUAGUACGGUGUGGCAAAGAGACGAAAGACCGAAGGAAUCGCGAGCGCUUGUUGCAAGGUCCAGGCUCGGAAUUCAGCUUAGCGAACCCGGACAUGGAUUUGGAGUUGGAUUAUUACGAUUACAACGUUGUCAACGCCGCCGCAGCACCUGGAUCUUAUCUCGGAAUGGAUCCAGCUUUUCUCGUUUGGAUUCCACCUCUGGCCCCCGGUGAAUCGGAGAUUUUAGGGGCUAUCGAGGAGGAUCAUCAUUACGAGGAAAUCGGUGAAGAACGAAGGGAACGAAGGGAUGGGGCGGCAAGACUUGAUACCGAAGGCGCAGCUCUUACACCCGCGGAAUAUCAGAAAAUUCGGGGUGCUAAAUUGCAAGAUGGAAGUAAAACUGACGGGGAAGAGCAGGGGACGAGGGACGACGAAAUCUUGCCACGACGCUUGGAUCCCGGCGAGAGCAAACUCCAUGAUGAAAUUAUAAUGGAAUAUCGAGCCAGACUCAACGAGGGCAUGCUACCGAUUCAUCGGUUACUCGAAGAAUCGAGAGUUCGUGUUAGCGAGGAAUCACUUUCGAGACACACCAACGACGAGACCAGCAGCGAUCCGAUUCCAAAUCGCCUUGUCCGGGACAACAAUUGCGAACUCCAGCGCGAAGGCUCCCGGACCGAGACUCGGUUCACACCGAGAAUAACGAGAAAUCGUUUAAUCGAGGAACAGGAACGAUGCAGAAGCGCGAGUUUGCCGAGAAAUUCUAAUAACGACGAUAGCACCAGUCCUGAAGGAUCUUUUUGUUCUGGAAAAAGUCAUUACUCCCCCUCCCAUGCUAAUAGCGACAGAAGAACCGCCGCCAGCGUCAGAAGUCGAUUGCAAGAAAAUACUGAUUCUACUUGUUCAACCCCCAAGAAUACUACUCGACGAAAUAACAAAGUGACUGAGACCUCGAAAAACUCGAGAGACUCACCUCCGACUCCGAGAACCGCGAAUAUCGUACAAACGAGAAAACAUUCACAAGACAGUCCCAAAAGUCGUUCGCGACUUCACAACACAACGACGAAUCGCGAAGUAUCAUCCGAAAUCAAAGAAGAACAAAAUAACACGAGGAAAAACGAUCUCGCGAAGGCUAAAACUCCCGUGCUACAACGAAAGUACGACGAUAUCACCGACUUCAACGCACUCGUCGAAAGCAAUAAAAUGUUGAAUGUCGAGAAUAUACCGAUGAAAGAAUUGACGAGAAGUCGCAACGAAUCACCUGUCAAAGUUCAUCGUUCCAAAGACCCUAAAAAGGACGUUUUUCCUGCAAAAGAAAUUCAAAGCCCCGAUUAUGGGGUCGAGGCUGACAUCAGAGACACCUCGAGAGAGUCCUUUUACGAUUUUAUUGGCGAAGACGAGGACGGAUUUAAAUUCGCCGACGACGACGAGGACGAAUACAUUGACAACAAAAUUGGAGCGUGAAAUUACAUCGUUGCUCUGAUUUCACUAUCAAACAAUUACUCGUUCAUUAUUGGAAAGAGACGAGAUUGGAAAUCGUUAUUUUACAAUUACGUGUAAAUAUUUUUAAGCUCUAUGAUUCUUUUUUUAAUUUUUAUUUUUUUUUUUAUUCGUUCGUUUAUAAUCGUCGGACAAGACUCGGUACAGGCUCGUCGAGAUAUGAUAAUUGUAAAUAGGACGACAGAUUCGCCAUUCCAUAGGAUAAAAUUACCUUCGUUUUUUUUUUUUUUAUUAUUUAUUGACUCGUUAGUUUUAUCAAGAGUUCUGCUGGGAACGAGAGAAGAAAUUAUACGAAAAAAUCGAUGUUGACCUUGAGGUGGAAUGAUCUAGUCCGGUGCAAAAGAAAUGAAUCAAAUUUGUAGGAAAUGAAAACACAAAAUGAAUGGAAGAUAAUGAGUAGGAAGAUAAAUUUGAAAUAUUCGUUAAUUCGGUAUGAAUUUUGUAAAAUACCGAUCAACGAGUUUAUUACGUGGCUGUAUUUUCGAGAUGAAUCUCUUCGAGUAUCAAGAGUGAUAUAGUAUUUAAAAGGGUGAGAAAUAGAGGAGAGAAUGAAUCUUCCUUUUUCUCCGUUCGGAACGACGAGAGCUUCGGUAAGAAUAAAAAGGAAAAAUGAUCAAACCCAAAAAAUGUCAAAAAAAAAUGCACGCUCGCAAUCAUUGUACGUAAUUCACUGUUAUUCGUCUACGAUAAUCGACGAGGGGAAAGCAAAUAUCUGUCAAUGUCAUCAAAGUCGAUGGUUUUAUCAAUCUGAAUAUAAUGUUUUGGGAAUCGUAAGGUCAGAAAAAUAAAAUAUUGAAAAAAGCCAUCAUGAAGGUAAAGAAAAAGAAAAAGCAAAAAUAGACUCUACGUUAUGUAAUAAUGACAUUAAUCACAUUAAUCACGUGUAAUAGCAUAGAUUUCGUAUGUAUAUCGACUCGUUCCUAAUGAAUAAUGGAAGAAAGGUAACACAAGAAAAAAAAAACACUUUACGAGACCACAAAUAUCUAACUGGCGAGGUAACAGAAAAGAAGAAAUGAAACCAAAAUGGAAAUCAAAUCAAAUCACUGUAAGAUAAGUGUAUUUAUUUACAUCUACACGUUUCUUUCUAGUCAAUUAUUCAAUGUAAAGAACAACAAAAGUACCAAAUCAUAUAAAUAUAUAUAUAUAAAUACACAAAUAUGAUGAAUGUUACCAAAGCGAUGUAAACGAUAAAUGAAAAUACGUAUAUUUCGUCACUUUCGUUUUCAUGAAUCAAAAAAAAAAAAUGAGAAGAACAUUUCCCGUGUUUAUCGCCUGUACAACAGUGAUAAUUAAAAAACAAUUUCCGCAUUGAUUUAUUAGCAUGUAGCAUCCCCGUUCAUAUUUUUCAUUGCGAUAUAAAUGACGACCAUGAACUGACAAAGCAAAUCGAGUCUGAUCUAUUCGCUCAAUAGAUGUUUCAGUUCGAUUGAUGACUUUUUUUUUUAUCAUUUUCAUCAUCGAUUUCGCUUCGAACGGAUUUUUGCAAUUUCACACUCCGUUCAUUAUUAUUAAACGACAGUAUGUAUUUUGUAGUUGUUGAUUAAUAAAAUAUUUACUAGAAAAGGAAAGGAUGACGAAUGAAAAAUUUUGGGAACAUGGUAACGUCCGAGAGAGAAAAAAGGGUUUGAUUCUCUGGCGAAGACGUUUACCCCGGGCAAAGUUUAUGAUUAAGCCUUUUUUUUUUAUAUGAGAAUUAAGGUAUCAAGGGUUUCAUUUAAAAAGAUAAGUUCUAUUGUACAUUUUCGUAGUAAAUUAUGAAAGCUGAACAUUUUUUACGCUCCAACAGGCGAUUUUAUUUUCUCAUCUUUUUGUAAAUAAUAUAAAUCUAUAUUGUAUAUUGUUCGUUAAUUGUAUACACGUCGAAAAACAGAAAAAAAUGCAUUAAUUAGGCACGAGUAGGCAAAACGCCCCAUAAAUUAUGUCUGUUUCUUCUUUUUCGUCAAUAUGUGUGAUGGAAACGUAUCUUUAUCUGCUCCAAUGAUUCUCACUUUGAUUAUUUUUUUUUUUUUUACAUUGUCAUAAUACAUUUUCAUCGGACGAUGAAAGCUUGGCUGUCUUUUUCCCAACACUGCCAAUCCCCUAUUCCGCUCGAGUUUCACUCUUCAAAUCUCUUAUCAUGCUCUUUCGUUCGUUUGAAUAAAUAUACAUAUUAAAAAUCUUAGUUCGUCGAAUUUCUGACUCUGAAGGCAUUUAAGAAGAGAUUGAAAAAAAAAUGAGGCGCCUUUACGACAAAAUUGACCGAUCACUGGAAAACUUGGUGAAUAAAUAUUUUGUUUGUUCCAAAGAACUAAAGUAAAAGGGCCGUAGCUUCCAGGUUCAGGCCAGAAUCUGAAAAGAAUUUGGAAAACGAUUAAUAAAUAAAUGAAAAAUGAAUUUUCGCUUAUGAUCCGGGUGAAAACACAAAGCAAAAACUGCGAAAAAAAUUAGUUGGAGUUAUCGCAUGCGUAGAAAUGAUUUGGAACGUUUACCGAAAUUCUCUCUCGAUUUUUUUCAUAAUUUUUUGCUAUUUUUCAUUUGAAAGUCUAGUUUUUACGAAUAUAAUGUCUUUUCGACCCAUUCCUCCAUCGUGAAAGUUGCUGAGUUAGUUUUGUAGGGAUCACGUUCGCGAAAAACGUCUGCAACAUCAGUAACAGACGUAUGAGAAAAAGAAAGGAAAAAAGGGAAUAAAAAUCAACAGUUUGGAGAGAUCGAUGUUAGCGUGACGAAUUUUUCUUUCGACUUUUGUAAUAUAUCAUCGACUCACCGAUCAUUGUUUUCAGGCGUACUGCGCACAUAAUGUAAUCGUCGAACUUGAUCAAACCGUCUUUAGUUCCGUAUCUGUGCACGAGAAUAUUAAGUAUGUGAUUGUUCAGUCGAUAACCAGCGCUGUUUAACGCUUGUCUCAACUCGAACGCGCUCAAGUGACCGGAACCAUCUCUGUCGUAGAGUUUGAAGACUGCCUGCAACCAUUUUGUUUGAACGAUGAGUAUUGAUGAAAAAUGAAUAAAUAAAUAAAGAAAAAUCGACUGUAA